AUGAACUUCUCAUACUAGAGUAAUCUGCAGUAAAUGAAUGACUAUGAUAAUACUUGCUUUUGCUGCAAAUAAAAUUAUGAUGAUCACUAAAGAAAGCCCUUUUUACUAGCAUGUGGAGAUGUAAUCUGUCUUCUAUGCUAUAAUAAUUAGAAAAACAAUGCAAAAAAUAAGCAAGUGCAAUGCCCGAUUAAUAGUUCUCAUCUUUACCCAAUUAAUGAAUCAGAUACUAAUCAACUCUCUAUGUAAAAACUUUAGCAGAAUGAUUUUUAUCCAAUCAAGUGUUAAGAUCAUCUCAAUGAAAAUGCUAACAUUUACUGCAAACAAUAAAAUAAAUUGGUUUGCAGUGUAUGCUUGCAAACCGACCCUCAUGCUCAUUUUCUCCAAGAUCAAUCUUUGCAUUUCGCUUUCGAAAGAAAAUAUUUAGAUGAAUCUUUGGAAAAGAUGCUGCCUAUCUUAAGUAAUGAAAUAAAAGAAAUCUAAUCAUAGAUUGAUAGAAUAAACUAGUUUAUUAACAAAGAGAGAGAAUUCUAAAUCCAGGAAAUUUAAAAUAUGAUAGAAAAAAUUUUUAACAUUUUAAAGUUCUCUAAGAAUACUAAUAAGGCAGCACCAAAAGAUUAAAUUAAAAAAAAACUGAAAGACUAAGGAUAAAUUUUCAAUUUUAUCUCUAACUUCUCGUAAUUUUUAUAAUUUAACUUAUAUUAUAGAGAUACCUUCAAACAAUUUCAUUAACCUCGAAAUGAUGAAGAACAAAAAUAUGCUCAAGGUCAAAAUUAAGAAGAGGUCAAAGCUAAUGAAUAAAUAGAUUAUUUAGUGGCUGAAACACUCGGGAAAUUAGAGGAAGCAGAUAGACCAAAGUACUUAGAAUUCAGAAGAUUGGUUGAUAUUCAUCUGGAAACUCUGAAGAUUAAAAAUCUGAAAGAUAAAUCUAAACUUCUUCCUAUAAGUGGCAAAAGCACACUUAUAUUCAAGGCUACUAAUGAUGGAUUUGUAGGCUCCAGCUUUCAUUAAAAGUGCAAUAACUAAGGACCUACUAUUUCCUUCAUCUUAAGUGAACAUGGUCAAGUUUUCGGUGGAUAUACGUCUGUUUCAUGGACUACCCCAUAUUCUUAUUCGUAUUUCUCUGAUUUAAAAGCAUUUAUAUUUAGUUUAAGCAAGAACACUCUGCUCAAAUAAUAUCAAAACUUUUCUCAUUCAGUUUAUCAUUAAGGAGAAUAAUUAAUGUGUUUUGGUUAUGGAGGCGAUAUUUAUAUUUCAUACGGUUGCAAUACUAGGAGUGAUAGUUAUUGCAAUUUAGGUGGUACAUAUAAGCCCAAAAGAAAAGACCAUAAGAAUUAAAUACUAAAUGCUUAAGAUUAUUUAGGGGGUAGUGUUAGAUUUCGAGUAAUUGAAAUAGAAGUCUAUUAAAUUUAAGCAUGA